CAAUAAGUCAAUCACUCACUUAUAUAACCGCAAAACAAAAAUAAAAGUCAAUUAAUAUUCAACCAACAAUUGGAUGCCCGGGUAUGACAUACGCCGGUUCGUAGGCCUGUCCCAGAGAGAGGCCGAUGAGUUCACGUGCGGUAUAUGCCUACAGAUAUUUCGCGAGCCGACUGUCGUUCCCUGUUGUCGGCACACGUACUGUCGCGAGUGUAUCAGCCGCUGGUUGGCCAAUACAAACACGUGCCCUAACGACAGGCGCGGAUUAAUUGCGUCCCAAUUAUACGAUCCGCAGAGAUUAGUCACUAAUCUGUUGGCAAAACUGCACAUUCAGUGCCAUUUCUACGCCCAGGGAUGCGACGCGGUGCUCGAGUUACAGUGUCUGGACUCCCAUGCGGACAGUUGUCCGUGUAAUCCGUGCAGACAGUGCCCCGACUGCGGCCUACGUAUGGCUGAGCGUAUGGACGCAGCGCCGGAUUAUGAGAUACCGGUGCCGCCACUCGUGAGCCAUAAUUGUGUGAAUAGUUUGAAGCGAUUGAACGAAACGCUCGCCGAAGAGAUGUCACAAUUGAAGCGCGAAAUACUUAAACUCAAGACUGAGAUCAAGACGUUGAAGGACAGGAGGAAUGAGUUCAAUGCGUCCGACACUCUGUCUGACCACAUCAGUGAAGUGCUAUCAUCGGCGCGAAACCGAAUCUGUUACCCGGAGAUCACCUACUGUUCCGUCUCAUCGACACAACGGCUCAAAGCCAUCAACAAAUCGAAAGAAGCGAUUCUGACAUACGAUUCGUACGAACAGAUCACACACUUCUUGAGCCAACAGUUUAACACCAGUAGUAGUGGCGACACGACUGGCCAUAAGUGGCACACAAUCGCACAGUCCGUUCACUGUGGAGAAGCGCUGAUCGCCACCGAAAACGGAUGGAUUGACCUGAGGUUCGGUCAGUUAAGGAUCGCUAUAUUCAGAGCUGCCGGCGCUCUGUGAUCCCAGUCUAGUGUAGUUUAAAAUUACUGUACAGACACUACCAGCCCCCACCUCAAAGGCACUACACUUCCAAUUAUAAUGAACUGAAGCGCUAAUAAUACUGAAUACGAGAAAUCACUGGCAGUUGGGAACUGGAGAUGAGACUCAGAUAUAUCUAUGCAAUCAAUGAAACGCUUGUAUGAAUGAUAUGAGGAAUCGCAUUGAAAUCAAUGGCGAAAAUAUUUUCCAUAAAUAUGUGACUCAAACAGGAAUUGAUUAGAAAUUUUGUUCAGAUAAGUCUCAUACGAUUUUUAUAGAUAAGGCACAC